AUGUCUCCGGAAGAUGCCGCAGCAGCUAGAGAAGCUGCUCUCGAAAAAGCAAAAGAAGAUUUGAAGAGAGAUAGACGUCUCCUUAUUCGAAAUCUCAUCGCGAAUCAUGAAAUGGUUAGUAUUCAGAUCUCUGAUGCUAAUGAGCAGGCAUCCGAAGCCUUGCUCAACGAAAUUUCGACAAAUAUCGAGCAAUGGCGAGCAGACUUGGAUAUGCUUGCCAAAAUCAAUACUGAAUUGUGUGAUUUCAUUGACCCAGAGUGGACAGUGGAACAGAUCUCAGCCAAUGAUGAUGAAAUCUGCUCGGAAUAUCGAACUUCAAGGUUCGAAAUGAAUAAUUUGAUCGGAAAGUUCCGAACUAUUGAAUCAAAAUUUCGUCUCGAACAAGAGAAAAACGAUCGACAAAGUGGCAGAGCUACCCAUAGCAAGAGGUCCUUCGGUGGUGGCCACACUUCGCUAUAUUUCGAUGCUCCUGUACUCAACCCUAUGUUGAAAAUUCAAGAUAUUCCUGUUCCAAAGUUCGACGGAGUUUAUAAAAAUUAUCCUGAUUGGCACGAAGAGUUCAUAAAUAUCGUUCAUCGUAAUGAGAAUUUAGACGAUUACCAACGAAUGUUCUUAUUAAAACGGGCCUUAGUUGGCAAAGCAGAACAUUUUUUAAAGGAUUUUGGCACCAAAGGCGAAUUGUACAAGUCAGCCUUAGAUGCAAUCGAAUUUUCCUACGAUAAUCGUCGCAGAAUUAUUGCGGAGCACCUCACAGCGUUGUUCGAUUCUCCAGCAAUCAAAGUUCCAACAUUGAGGGACUCGUUGGACGAAUUAAAUCGAACCAUUCGUGGGCUCAAGGUUUGUGGCAUAAACACUGAUGCCCUUUCUCCAGUGAUUACGUUCAUGGUUUCUCGAAAGCUCCCAGAGAAAAUUCGCCUCGAUUGGGAAAAUUCCAUCCAAGAAAAGUCCAAGUAUCCUGAGCAUACUAAAUUAUUCGAAUUUCUACAAAAUCGCUGCUUCGCUUAUGAGACAGCAACCGCCUCAGCAUCGUCGUCGUCGUCGUCGUCAUCGUCGUCUGUUCCAGUCAACGAAUCGUCAAAAACAAAAGUCCAAUCGAAGUUGGUCAAAUCGAGUGGCAGUGUUCCAGCCAAAAAAUCGUUCGCAGCUGAUUCUAGUUCGUCAAAAUCAGUAGGUAGAUUACCACCUAAGUGUUUAUGUUGUGGGGAUUUACAUUAUUUAAAUCAGUGUGCUAUUUUUUGUUGUAAAUCGGUAAAUGAUAAAUUCGAAUUUGUGAAGUCACAUAGUUUGUGCUUAAAAUGUUUCAAUCCUAAUCAUAAGGUAGGGGAUUGUAAAAGAUACGACUGUGCCAAGUGUAAGGGACGCCAUAAUAUUUUAUUACAUAGAGAACCGAAUAAUGGUUCAAGUGGUCCUACAAUUACUCAAACUUCGAGUAAUAAUCAUGGUCACAGCACCAAUCAGAGUUCAGAAAGUGGUAAUUCCACUGGAAGUGGUAGUGCUUCGACUACAAACACUUCAGCUUGUGCCUUUGCAUCCUCUCGUUCAGUUAUUCUAUCCACUGCGAUAGUGAAAGUUCAGGGUAAGCAUGGAGUGACCUUGGGAAGAGUAUUAUUUGACCAAGGCUCCGAAGCUUCCUUGAUUUCAAGGGAAUUUUGCGAAAAAGCAAACUUAAAGGUUGUCAAAAGCCAAGUUACAACGAAUCUGGUUGGUAUUAACGAUAAUUCAAAAGAAUUGACUCAUUCGUCUAGAUUUGUGUUGAAAUCUAGAUACAAUUCAUUUUCGAUCGUAAUUGAUGCUGAUGUCAUCAAUAAAAUUCCUUGUUCGGUUUCUCAACAUGAUAUCUCGAAGAUUGUUGAGAAUUUUAAAUUGUUAUCGUUCGCAACAAAAUGUUUGAAUAAAGUUGGUGAAUUGAUUAAAAAAUCAUCACCUAAAGCAGCUCAAUCUAUUCAAGAUGAGUUUUAUGUUGAUAAUUGGAUGUCCGGAGCUAUGGACGAAAAUUCAGCCAUUGAAUUACAAAAAAUUGUACAUUCGUCAUUGAAAAAAUUUGGGUUUAAUUUAACCAAAUAUCAGAGCUUAUUAGGCCUGAUUUGGUCACCUGAGAGUGAUAAAUUAUCAAUAAAUAUUAAACUGGAUCAAUUACCAGAAAUAAUAACAAAAAGAGUCAUGUGA